AUGCUGAGAGCAUCAGCGCUCAUUUUGGCGCUGAGUUCCACCGCCCUGGCCGUCUUCGAAUGCUCCAGUCAAGAAACAACGGCUUUUGUUCGGAUAGCCAGAGCUCGCUUGGACGGUACACCUGUCGUCGUUUCAACUGCGGGUCACGACCUCACAUGUGCUCAAUACUGUAGAAAUAACAUUGAACCUACUACCGGUGCUCAACGAGUGUGCGCAUCGUUCAACUUUGAUGGACGGGAAACUUGCUAUUUCUUCGAUGAUGCUGCAUCACCAGCUGGUACCAGUCAGCUGACAGCUAAUCCGUCAGCCAACAACUUCUACUAUGAGAAAACUUGCCUUCCUGGCGUUUCUGCCCAUGAGGCUUGUACCUAUCGUUCAUUCUCGUUUGAGCGAAUGCGAAAGACUGUUCUAGAAGGAUUCGUGAGGAAAAGCGUUCAGGUGGCCAACCGAGAACAAUGCCUAUCAGCAUGCCUCAAGGAAAAAGAAUUCGUUUGCAAAUCUGUAAACUACAACUAUGAUUCUUACCUUUGUGAACUUAGCACUGAGGACAGAAGAUCGAAGCCAACACAUCUUCGUAUGGCUGAUGGAGCUGUUGAUUACUACGAUAAUAACUGCCUUACUCGCCAAAAUCGAUGCGGGCCAUCGGGAGGAAACCUCGUCUUUGUAAAAACUACCAACUUUGAAAUCAAAUUCUAUGAUCACACGCAAUCGGUUGAAGCUCAAGAAUCUUACUGUCUACAAAAGUGCUUGGACUCUCUGAAUACAUUCUGCAGAUCCGUCGAAUUCAACCCAUCCGAGAAAAAUUGCAUCGUUUCCGAUGAAGACACUUUCUCACGAGCUGAUCAACAAGGCCAAGUCGUCGGCAAAGAUUACUAUGAGCCAAUUUGCGUUGCAGCUGACCUCUCCUCAUCGACUUGCCGCCAGCAAGCGGCAUUUGAACGAUUCAUUGGAUCUUCUAUUGAGGGCGAGAUUGUUGCCUCCGCUCAAGGAGUCACCAUUGCUGAUUGCAUAUCGUUGUGCUUCCAAAAUCUCAAUUGCAAGAGCAUUAAUUAUGAUAGAACUGCAGCUACUUGCUUCAUCUAUGCUCUUGGCCGUGCCGAUGCUAAUGUAAAAGCUAAUCCCGCUAUGGAUUACUACGAGUUCAACUGUGAAUCACAAUUUGGAGGCAUGGCUCUUUGUACCAAUGAAGGCAUCCGGUUUAUUGUUAACACUAAGGAACCAUACACUGGUGCCAUCUACGCUGCUGAAAGAUUUUCGACUUGCUCACAGGUUGUCGAAAAUGCCAAGCAAAUCAGCAUCACAUUCCCACCCCCCACGGUGUCAUCUGAUUGCGGAACUGUUAUUCGGGAUGGAAAGAUGGAAGCACUGGUUGUUGUAUCUCUUGAUGGUGUCCUUCCACAUCAAGUAACCACUGAGUGGGAUCGAUUCUACCGAGUGUCUUGCGAUGUAUCCAUGGAUAAGAUGACCAAGGAAGGAUCCGUAGUCGUUACCACAAUCUAUGAGGCUAGCUCACAAAACACUACCGUCUUGGAAGUAGCCACUCCUCCUCCAGUUACCGCUGAACUUACCAUCCUCAACCAGCUCGAAGAGCCUCUUCACAAGGCCUCGAUCGGAGACCCACUUAUGUUGGUGAUCACCUCUGAACAAGCCGGACCUCAUAACAUGAUGAUCACUGAAUGCACCGCCACCAGAGUCGGAGGUUUCGGAGACAGCGUGCCUUUUACCCUCAUUGAAAAUGGAUGCCCACGAUAUCCCGCUUUAGUAGGACCAGUCGAGCAAGAUUUCGACAAGAAUCGACUGAAGAGCGAUUUGCGUGCGUUCCGUCUUGAUGGCUCUUACGAUGUCCAGAUAAUCUGCUCGAUUAUGUUCUGUGCUGGACCAAAUGGAUGUCCAGUGUCGAAUUGCCUCGAUUCCGGCACGAAUGAGCUGUUCAUGUCUCACGGACGUAAGAAGCGUUCGGCACCUCCUACUGAAGGUCAGUCCGAAGAGACCCUUUCCGCAAUCAUCCGAGUGCUAGCAAAGGGUGAGGAAGACGAGCUGCAGUCAAACAAUCACACUAUGCAUAGCCUGCACCCUCUUGACGACCUGGUGUGCAUGUCCGAGACGUGGUUUGUCUCUUCUGUAGUCUCUGUAUCCGUCUUAUGUUUACUCUUCUCUGCUCUUAUCGUUGUCUGGGGCUGUCACUCCCUUAACACUGCCAAAUCGAAACUACCCAAAUGA